AGUCUGACUCUUGAAACUUUGUGAGGAGCCUUCGCGGGAUCGUUGAAGUUUUUCUGUUCUACCCGCAGAGAACUACAGCCAAUCAGGAUACAUCGUCGCUCUUUCUCGAUCCGCAUGUACAGAAAUCGUGAACAGCAAGAAUGUCUUUGGCUUGCGACAAAACUGACAAUGAAUGAAAGUUUUGUUGUGGUCUUUUGUUAAGCUUUAGUGUAGCAGUGUUUGGGGAUGUUGUAUUGAUUGUUGAAAGUGUUCGUUGUCAAGUUAAAGUUUUGCAUGUGUAAGCCUUCGUAUCCCGAGAAUGAAAUACGUGUAUUAAUUAAGUUGGGUUCAAAUUUUUCAUCUGUGUUUAUAUUAACGCUAAUAUGAAUUACCAGCACAUUAUUAACCAGUGUGAUGACAAUGGUGUAGAAGACAGCCUGUGGGAUUAUCUACCAGUUGAGCCUGUUGUGAAGGUGGAGGCAUUGGAUGAUGAUGAUACUAGUGAUGAUGAAAUAGUGCCAAGUGCUAUAGUGGAGCCCAUCCUGCUGAAACCUGAUUCAGCUGAGGAUGAAGAAAUUGUACUGGACUUGAAACCAGAGCCUUAUUUGGACAAUCAUACAGGAAGGAUGCAUAUGGAGCCAUACAGCAGCCAUGAUCAAUCUUGGUCAUCUGACAUGGCGAGAAGAACAAUUCAAGAACUAAAUUUGCGUGCAGCAGACUCAAAAUUGGCGGCUGUUCAGGCCCGUAGGCGAGCCCAACGGCUCCUGGGCCCAGCUGGUAUCCAUAAGAUACGCAGUUACAUGGUGGCAUUUCAGCAUCAGCGAUAUACGGCAAAAUAUGGGUUUUAUUCAGCGAAGUAUGGCCUUCGCCAAAUGUGAGCAUUUUGCAGUGUUCUAUGGCAAGGGAUAUAUUCUGCACAGGGCAAAACAAUUCACACUUAAUAUUUAUCCUUUGCUCCAAAGAUAAGAUGUGGAGAGUCUGAAAAUCAAUAUAGGACUGAUAGUAAAAUGAAAAAAAGCUGACAUGAACUUGACGCUUUCACCAUUAGAAGAUUUUUCCGUAGGAGUGAAGCGAAAAAGGAGUGAAACUUUAAAAAGAUGGAAUAUAGAGAGUACUACAUCAGUCUUCUUAACCUUUGUCAGAGGUAUGGAAAAAAAAAAAGAAAAAAAUGUUGGGAGAGAAGAACUGACAAUAAAACGUGAGAGACAAAAUAGGAGCUUUGAAGUUGUGGAAGUGAUGGAAAAAGCAUUUGAAAGUGAAUAAAAUUAACAAAAUUUGCUAGGCAAGUAGUCACAAACAGACAAAGUGUGUGUAAAUGGAGGCAGUUAAGAAUUAACAUGGCAAGCCCUGGAAUCAGAAAGGGAUGAAAACAGAAGGUAGGAAGAGGAGAAGGGUUAGUAUAAAUUAAGGUGUGGCCUGAGUACCAUAACCACACCAUAUGAGUGUAUAAUGUAGGCAUCUUGUACCCAGUCGCUUUUAUAUAUUAAAAAAAGUAGCCUGACUAGUAAGCA